ACCCUGCUUAAAGACCAUGACGAGAUUUUAGAGGUUUCUUGAACGAUACAACUACUAAUGUAAUGCAGUCGAGGGCACAUUGUUUCUGCUCAUUUAAAGUUUAUUGCUAUGUUAUUGCGUACACAUAUUAUCACAAAAACCAUGUUAACAAAAAAUAAAUGGUCAUGCAACUUGUGCCGUGAAAAGUAAAUCAGCUAAAAGUUCAAGCGUACCGUUUAAAGCUGACAUAAAAAUGGGACAUGGGACACAUGAUUCAAAAUUGUAUGAAGCAUCAGAAAAUCGUGAUUUGUUAACCUCGAGAACGGCUAUCUUCUAACUGGCCUUGUUGAGUUGUUACGGUAUUCAUGCUGUCAAGAUGAGAGAAAUCGACGAGUCAGAAUUCAGAUCGUUGGUUCAAGAAGAUGAGGAAAGAAAUCCAUCAAAUUUCUCAAAUAUAGCCGACCAAUAUCUCAUUCCUCAAUCGAAAACCAAUACACAUUGGACUCUAGUCAUCAUCUAUAUACUCUUUGUCCUUCUUGGCCAGUCCAGUGCUACUCUCCUGGGAAGACUGUACUAUAGUAAAGGUGGAAAUUGCAUAUUGCUAGAAUCCCUUCAAGAAACUAUAGGAUUCCCGAUUCUCAUUCCAUUUGCUCUAUACUUCUCCCCAAAAUACGAUCUCUCUAACAACAGGAAUCUAUCAAAUCAGCCUUCUGCUCUGAGAUUAGUAACAAUCUACAUAUCUCUUGGCCUAAUUCAAUCAGCAGCAAGCGUGUUGUAUGCAGUUGGGCUGUUAAACCUUCCUGUCUCCACAUUUUCGCUCAUUAGCACGACUCAGUUGGCCUUCAAUGCUUUGUUCUCUUUCUUUCUCAAUGCACAAAAGUUAACACCUCUAAUACUCAAUUCUCUGGUUCUUCUUACUAUGUCAGCAGCUCUCCUUGUACUCAGCAGUGACUCUACAAAUCCUGAAAAGGGUUCAAAAAGGAACCAAUUAAUAGGAUUCUCAUGCACUCUCAUUGCAUCAGCCUUAUAUUCCUUGAUGCUAUCAAUAACACAACUAUCCUUCCAAAAGAUACUAAAAAGAGAGAACUUUAAUGUUGUGUUGAAUAUGAUAAUCUACCAAUCACUGGUAGCCACUUUUGUACUCUUACUGUCUCUCUUUGUUCGAGGUGAAUGGAAUAAUUUGAGGACUGAGAUGGAAAAUUUUGAAAUGGGAAACGAAUCAUAUGUCAUUGUUCUGGUUUUGACCACAUUAGCUUGGCAGGUUUGUUCUAUUGGAGCUGUCGGGUUAAUUUUUGAGGUUUCGUCUCUCUUUGCCAAUGUCAUUGGUACCGUUAGUUUACCCGUUGUCCCAAUUCUAGCAGCCAUCUUUUUCGAUGAAAAGAUGGACGGGCCGAAGGUGAUUUCCAUAUUUUUGGCAGCUUGGGGAUUUGCAUCAUAUAUUUAUCAGCAAUAUCUCGACAAUUACAAGACCAGAAAAGCAAGUGAACUUGUCAAUGAAGUAGCAGAAGCAUCUCUUGUAGAAAACUUUAGCAAUGAGAAAAUCAUUCUAUAAUAAUUUACUUAUUCUCUUCAACACAUCGUGUAAUUAUUUGUUGUGUACUGAAUUGGAUUAUACGCAUGACAUUUCCAAAUAUUGUUUCAAGUCAAAUUGUAUCUCCUUCAUUUAUGAGUAGACGAAGGGAAGGGAUAUGGGGUU